UGCAGCGUUAAACAAGGAACCACCCAACCAACUUUAUAUGCAUUUCAGGAUUCUCAGACCGACAGUAUGCUGGAACUCUGGAAACAAGUGAUAUAAAAGGUCCAUCAGGCAUGGCUUUUAGCAACGUUCACGAAGACGUUAUGUACGUCAUCAACAACGGCGAUACAGGAUUAGGCACCUCUAUAACGGCCCUCAACAAAACGGGCGAAAAACUGAAUGUCUUUGUCCUUGCAGGUGCCCGCAACAAUGAUUGGGCUGCCCUGCAGAUAGCUCCAUGUGCCCCGACAAGUUCUCGUAGCUGCAUCUACAUCGGCGAUAUCGAUCAACAAGACAGGAACGGCAAAGCCUUGAGCAACAUCUACAUAUGCGAGGAACCUGAUGACAUCUUUAGCGGAAAUAAACUUGUGCUGAAAGAGAAGAUUAGGAUAACGGACCUCGAUGACUCUGCGAAGCUGAUGCUGGUGUCCCCAAAAGCAGACAUAUACGUCAUACCACAGCAUCACGAGGAAUCACCCCUUUACAAGAUCACGAAUGGAAGAGCCGAAGAAAUCUGCCAGUUCAAGUUUGAAUCCCAGUGGUCUGGACCUGUUGAUGGUGACAUAUCAGCCGAUGGCGACAUGGUGUUGAUUAAGACAUUCGACUUCGUGUACUACUUUUACGUACCAGACAAAAACUACACCAAUGCCCUUUGUAGUGAUACUGAGCGUGUGGCGCUGAGGUACACUUGGGAAAAUCUUGGAGAAGUUGUAACCUUCAGCCCUGAUGCCAUGUCAUAUUACACCUGUAAUAAGCAGCUUUAUUCCCCGCUAUGGAGGUACGACCGAUUGAAGGUAAAAGAAGUGGACUAGAAGAAGAAUACGAAGAAGAAGAAAAAAGAAGAGGAAGUUUAUUGUAU